GAGUUGAUCAUCUUAGAUAAGUGUGCGAGUGAGCCAUUUUAAUUUAAAUCAGUGAGAAACUAUCGUGAAUUGAGGCGUAGUUGAAUCCACAAAACAAGGGAAAGGGGAGGGAUGAAAUUACAAAGAGAAUAAAAUGAUAGCUCAACCGAGCCUGCACAGUGUUUGAAAUGAGAAGAGUUUGACAGGGACGUAGGGAGGUGAUGUGUUGGAUUGUGGGGCAAUGGGGGGCAUUCAGUGUGAUUUCAUAUAUAAAAUGGCAAACCAUCACACCAUUUUCUUUCAUUCCUCCCUGUACUUUUGGCCUUUGAUUUCUCAACAGUUUGCUGCUGACUCUUGUUGCACUGAGCAAACAGGAACCAGAAUUACUAUUUGAAGCCUUUCCUAUUAUGGAAAAUCAUCACCACAAUUCAAGAUUCAAGCGUGUAUGCGUCUUCUGUGGUAGCAGUCCUGGCAAGAAUCCUAGCUACCAGCUUGCUGCUAUUCAACUUGGCCAACAACUGGUUGAAAGGGACAUUGACUUGGUUUAUGGUGGAGGAAGCAUUGGCUUGAUGGGGCUCGUCUCUCAAGCAGUCUUUGAUGGCGGCCGUCACGUGUUGGGGGUAAUUCCCAAGACACUGAUGCCAAGAGAGCUAACAGGCGAGACCGUGGGAGAAGUAAGAGCUGUAUCAGGAAUGCACCAACGUAAAGCUGAAAUGGCUCGUCAAGCUGAUGCCUUUAUUGCCUUACCAGGUGGUUAUGGAACCUUGGAAGAACUGCUGGAAGUGAUCACUUGGGCUCAGCUAGGAAUCCAUGACAAACCUGUGGGAUUGCUGAACGUGGAUGGCUAUUACAACUCACUCUUAUCAUUCAUAGAUAAGGCUGUUGAUGAAGGGUUCAUAGCACCAGCUGCCCGUAGCAUAAUUGUGUCUGCCCAAACUGCCCAAGAUCUAAUGUGCAAGCUCGAGGAAUAUGAACCUAAACAUUCUGGGGUGGCCUCCAAGUUAAGCUGGGAAAUGGAACAACAACUGGGUUUCACUGCAAAAUCAGACAUUGCUCGUUGACCCCACCACCCUUUCUUGUAACAGUAGAUUCUUACAAUCCCCAACAGAAAAAAGAAAGAAAAAAAACAUAAUAGAUGCUAAGCUCCAAGUUCCAGUUUGGAAGCUGUGAAGUAUUUGUUGUUUGUUAUUUGGUUUAAUUUCAUUAGCAUCUGACAAGGACAAAAAACAUUGUCAGUGAUUUUAAA